AUGCUGGUGCCAAUUCGAUUUUCUACGAAAUCAAACUUCAGGCGAGAAUUUUGGCGCGACCAGAGUGCACAGCAAUGUUACGCUACAACAGUCUCGAGAUGGAUUUUUUAUUACACGUGUACAGAUCGCAAAACUAGAGUUCAGACGUUGCAAGCGUUGAAUUCCAACUUUAAGUCUACUGUAACUGUCAUGCCAAUCUACUGUAAGCGGGAGGUUCCAGAUCCAAUCGCGGGGAUAAAGGAUCCAAUCUUUGCCAGCAGAGUCAUCUACAUGUAG